UCUCCUUCUCACAGAACAGUGCUGUGGACAGUGCUGUUGGUGUCAGGACUCCCCCGAACCUGCUCUUUCUUUUGUGUGCAGCAAGCAAGCAAACAAAAAGGAAAGGAAGAAAAGGAGCCGGUCUGCAGCUCGCUUUUCUUCUCUGCUUCAACUCCAGCCUGCGGUGUUUGCAGCGUGGUUCGGUUAGGUGUGGAUCAGCGGGCUGCUGCGCUGAAAUAACCGGACCACACACACACACGUGUGGGGAGAAGCCACUGAGGGGCUCGCCUUAAAGUUGAUGAUUAAGAGAGUGGACGACCCGUCAGCUGCUGACCUUACAGAGUCAACAUGGCAGCAGAGUGAGCUGCGUGAAUCUCAUUAGCAAGCAGCAACAUGGCCUCCACGGAAUUGCUUUUCCUCCACGCACUUUAGAAUGAUCCGGAUGCUGUUUUUGUCCUCAAGGUUUUGUUAGCCAACUGACUCCAGCAUGAAGCUCCCCAAAUGGAGGAAGUUGAGGACUUUGGCUCUGCUGUUUUGCGCCAUUACCGUCACCACGUUCCUGUUCACUUUCACCUUCUGGGACCCCUCCAGUCGCUUCUACAAACACCCCUUCCACUUGUUGGCCUCCUCCAAGGGGCAGUGUGCCUGUCAGCAGUGCAUGACCGAGCUGGAGGACGACGACGCCUGGUUCACGGAGCGCUUCAACCUGUCUGUCCACCCGCUCAUGACCAGGGACAACAGCGCCCUCUCUGACGACACCUUUAAUUGGUGGCAGUGGCUGCAGUCGGAGAGCCGGCCGGCCAACUUCAGCGAGGUGGUGGACGAGCUUUUCCAAGUCAUUCCCGACGAGGUGCUCUACAUGGACGCCGGCCCCGAGCGCUGCCGGACCUGCUCCGUGGUGGGGAACUCGGGGAACCUGAAAGGAUCCCAGUACGGACGCCUCAUCGACUCCAGCCAUUUCAUUAUAAGAAUGAACCAAGCCCCCACCGCUGGUUUUGAGGAGGAUGUGGGCUCCAGGACGACGCACCAUGUGAUGUAUCCCGAAAGCGCCAUAGACCUGGACAACGCCACCAUGCUGGUGCUCAUACCCUUCAAGACUCUGGACCUGCAGUGGAUCAUUAGCGCCUUGACCACUGGCACGGUUAAAUACACCUACGUGCCUGUCAAGUCCAGGAUAAAGGCCAACAAGGAUAACGUGUUGAUUUACAACCCGACGUUUUUUAAGUACAUCUAUGAGUCUUGGCUUGAGGGGCAUGGACGCUACCCUUCCACCGGCUUCCUCAGCUUGAUGCUGGCUGUCCACAUAUGUGAUGAGGUGAACGUGUUCGGAUUCGGUGCAGACCAGGCCGGCAACUGGCACCACUACUGGGAGGACAAUCUUCUUUCCGGCGCUUUUCGACACACGGGUGUCCAUGAUGGAGAUUUUGAAUAUAAGGUCACACAGCUUUUGGCAGACAAACACAAAAUCCAAAUGUUUAAAGGUAGAUGAUGACAGGGAGCAGGUGUGCUGUUGGAUGACCACAAACUGAACCAGGGAAAAAUCUUCACCUUUUCUGGAUUAGAGGAAGUUUUACUGUUUUUCACGCCUUCUGUAUUGCCAGAUUAAGAUCUUUGCCUCCAUUUUGCGUCAAAACAUGUCAGAAUGUGUCCCUAAAUCACACAACUACCUAAUAAGAUCCAAACCAAUCAAAAACCUAAUAAUAAUGUUCUAUUGUAUCUAUAUGUUUAUUAUUGUCAUUUUUGUGUGUGUUUGUUUGUUUGUUUUAACUGCUGUAAAUACCACUUAAAUCAAAGGUAAAAUACAGUCUGUGACAUUUAAAAUCAAGCUGCCGCUGCUAUUUGUCUGUGGUACAACAAGGGCAGCAUAUAAAGUGUCUAUUAUUGAUGAAAAAGAGCUUUGUUUAGGUGUUGACAGAAUGAAUGUAGCUCUUUGUUGAAGGUAUUAGUAUAAUUUAGUAUAAUCUGUCGCCAAAAACAAGUGCCUUAUCGAUAAAGUCAAUUAUUUGCAUGUCUGUGAGACAGCUUAACAAAAAGUGCCUUUAUGGGUUUAGCUUGUAUUUUUUAACAUGGAAUUAAACUACAUUAUAUCCAUGUGAUAUCCAUUGUUUUGUCAAACGUUUGCAUUCCAGAGCAUCAUAUGGUUGGGGGAGUUUUGUCAUGUUCCAUUUUGCGCCACGUGCCUUAAAAUAUUGCAGUGUCAGUUGUAUUUUUCAUGAGAGCACUUUCUUUGUGUGCUGCUGCCAUUAGAUGUCAACAGUGCCACCACGUGGACAAGAACUGUAACGCCACCUUGUCGAUAAUCAUCUGUUGAAGUGGACUUUAUUUUUUCAAUAAUUUACACAAUGACGACGAUUUUAUUGAUAAAUGUGAUAUGUGUGAUUGCGCCUAUGGACCCCAAAAUAAAAACCUUCUUUUACUG